AUGUCUGAAACCGAAGUCUCAAUCUCCUCAACCAGCUUCGUCAACGGAGCCACCUACUCCAUCAAAGUCUCCGGCUCCGGCGCUCUAAGCGUUGUCCCCGGCAAAUACAACGACCACGAAGUCCACAUGCGCAUCUGGGAAAAAGCCCGCAACCAGCUCUGGCGCGCAGAGGCAAACAACGACGGCUUUGGAUUCCGCAACGCUAGUACCGGCAAGCUCUUGGGCGUGAACAAGAACGGGGAUAUCUCGUGUGAUGCGAGUGACCUGAAUAGUUGGGAGAGAUUCAAGUUCGAGGGUGCCGGUGAUGGUACACUCUUCUCUCUCAUUUAUAAUGGGUCGCAACAGUAUCUGUACCAGCCUGCUCAGUGGGAUUCGCUUCAGGUUACUGAGCACAGAUCACUUGCUGCUAAUAUUACCGUUACGCGGGAAUAG